GUUCACGCACGCUCACGCGGACUCCUCACGAAGGUUUUGCUCCGACUAAAAAAGAACCCACAGGUCACGGAGUUUUUCUUUCUCUGUCGAUUUCGCAGAAAUACGAGAUGCAUUUGAGCUGGGUCUAGUUGACUGAAAUUACAUUUUGUUGUCGAUUAUUGAGUCGAAUUGCUGUCUGUGGCGAAGGACGAGGAGUUGAGAGUCAGCUAUCUGGUUUAGGAAGCGGCGCUUUGGCAUCGCCACAUCAACGCUUCACUGGGAGUGCUGUGAGCAGCCUGACGAUCGCAGCUCUUCAAGGUGAAUAAUGGUCAGCAGGAUCGCCAUGACAGGACAUCAGUGAAAGAAGACCUCGUAAGCGCGUCCAGAAUCCUGUUGAGCAACUCUUCGACUUCCCCUUGACCAGUUUUUAUUGCAUUUUCUUUUGUCCACCAUGGGCUCCCGUAGUCAGGGAUUCCUCCACCAUCACCACCACCACCACCACCACCAGCACCACAGGACCUCCAUGGUGCCGGCCACCAUCCCCCGCCUCGUGCCCGAGUCCAGCAGCCUCCUGGGGGGCAUCGCCCAGAUCACGCCCUCCCUGUUCCUCAGCCGGGGCAACGUGGCGUCCAACCGCAGCCUGCUGCUCUCCAAGGGCAUCACGUGCGUGGUCAACGCCACCAUCGAGCUGCCCAACUUCAACUGGCCGCACGUGGAGUACGUCAAGGUGCCGCUGGCCGACGCGCCGCACUCGCCCAUCGCGCUCUACUUCGACAGCAUCGCCGACAAGAUCCACAGCGUGGGCCGCAAGCGCGGCGCCGUGCUCGUCCACUGCGCGGCCGGCGUCAGCCGCUCGGCGUCCCUCUGCCUGGCCUACCUCAUGAAGUACCACCGCGUGUCGCUGGCCGAGGCGCACGCCUGGGUCAAGGCCCGCCGGCCGGUCAUCCGGCCCAACGGCGGCUUCUGGCGGCAGCUCAUCGAGUACGAGCGCAAGCUGUUCGGCCGCAGCUCGGUCAAGAUGGUGCAGACGCCCUACGGCGUGGUGCCCGACGUCUACGAGAGGGACCGCAGGAACCUGGUGCCCUACUGGAGCAUGUAG